AUGAGGUGGUUUAAUGGUCUAAAGACGAACUCCAUAGAUUCGUAUAGGCAGCUGACCCAAGCUUUUGGCUCCCGCUUCGUUACGAACCGCAGAGCCCCUCGGCCUUUAAGUGCUUUGUUGUCGUUAUCUAUGCAUGACGGAGAAACCUUAAAGGUCUACUCGGACAGAUAUUGGGAGACGUACAAUGAAAUGAAAGACAACUUUGACGACGUCGCCAUUAUCACUUUCAAAAAUAGUCUCCCAGCCGAUCACGGCCUGAGGAAGUUGCUGACUGGCAAACCGGCCACCAAUAUGCGCCAACUGAUAGAUCAGAUCGACAGGUACAAGCGAGUGGAAGAAGACCAGUUGCAAGGAAGAGGAAAAGAGAAGGUUAUCCCUCAGGAGAGGAGAGAUUUAAGGUCGGAUCGGUAUUACAACAGCCGCCCAAGGAGGGACUUCGUAGGGCAACCCGGAACAACCAACGCACAAGCUGUCAAUGUUGUAUUUCGAGAACCAAUACAUCAGGUGUUGGAGAAAAUCAAGAACGAACCAUACUUUAGGUGGCCGAAUAAGAUGACGGGAGAACCCUCGAGGCGCGAUCAGAACUUUUAUUGCCAAUACCACCAAGACCACGGGCAUACCACGGAGAACUGUAAGAACCUCUGGAACUACCUAGACCAGCUAGUCUUGGAAGGAAAGCUGAAGUACCUUCUACAUCAUUCUAGUGGUCAUCAAGGCCAUCAAGAAGCCAGUAGGGAUGCUGCCCUAAGGCCACCCGCAGGAACGAUCAACGUAAUCGUGGCCACACGAGGGAGAACAGGCACGCGCCCUGCACGAGUGUUAUCAGUGGCUCAACCGUCUGUCGAGGUGUCCCAGCCAAGGCCGAAGAGAGCUAGGAUGAACUUUCGUCCCGUCUUGAGUUUUUCAAAGGAGGACAAGGUCGGGACCAUCCAACCCCAUGACGAUGCGCUGCUGAUUACCCUCAAAAUCGGGGACUACGAUGUGAAAAGAGUGAUGGUGGAUGGCGGCAGUGCGGCCGAGGUCAUGUACCCCAACCUCUACAAGGGGCUGGGGUUAAAACCAGAAGAUUUGAUGCCCUACAACUCCCCUCUAAUGAGCUUCGACGCGAAGCUUGUCAUUUCGAUGGGCAUGAUUAGCCUGCCCAUUCAGACCAGCCCAGAAAUAGUGGAGAUGAACUUCAUCGUGGUGGACUCCUACUCCCCCUAUACGGCCAUCAUCGGUAGGCCCUGGCUCCAUACCUUAGGGGCUGUUGCUUCCUCGUUGCACCAGAAGGUGAAAUUCCCGUCAGGGGACCAAGUCCUUGAAAUCCGUGGUUGCCAACCCACGGAGAGGUAA